UCCAGUGAUUGGGUUCCGUCGCCUACGGUUUCAUUUCACUAACAAUAGUUCCUAAAUCAUUUAGAACCGGUACGGAGACGUCUGGGUGGUCUCGCGCGACCAGGAUGCGCACACGCAACAGUUUAUGACGUAUUAUUACAAGCCUAUUGAUUCAAUGUAAACGCAGUAUAAACUCCGCGAGGUUUAUUUCUACAACCUCGGCCAUUAAUAACAUUAUAGAACUGUCUAGCUGCCAAUAAGUGGCACUCACUACCACUCAUUAGUUAAACCACCACCUCUGGCAUGACUGGCAACAUAUGCCAAUUACAUACUAUAUCAUAUUACCUCCUUUGACAAAAUCACCAGUGUGAAUCGUACAAAUUAAAAUGGUGCAUACUCAAUUAAAGGAAAAUUUACUUUAUUCAAACGUAAUAAAGGCGAAAGUGUGCGCAAAAUAAAAUGGUUUCCAGUAAUACCAUACAAUUUAAUGAAGUAAAAAAAGUUUUUGUAAGAUAUAAACGUGGUGCGUUGCGUCUUUGGGCCAGUUCUUGCCAAGAUGACGUCCAAGUGUUGUUUGUUGCUGGUUGUCAUGGCGACCGUCGCCGGCUCGGUGAUGGGCACCGCCGAGGUGAUGAGCCACGUCACCGCGCACUUCGGGAAGGCGCUCGAGGAGUGCAGGGACGAGUCAGGGUUGUCUCCGGAGAUCCUCGAGGAGUUCCAACACUUCUGGCGCGAGGACUUCGAGGUGGUGCACCGCGAGCUGGGCUGCGCCAUCAUCUGCAUGUCCAACAAGUUCUCACUGCUGCAGGACGACUCCAGGAUGCACCACGUCAACAUGCACGACUACGUCAAGAGCUUCCCUAAUGGCCACAUGCUCUCCGAGACCCUGGUGACCCUGAUCCACAACUGUGAGAAGCAGUACGACAGCCUGACGGACGACUGCGACCGCGUCGUGAAGGUGGCCGCCUGCUUCAAGGUCGACGCCAAGAAGGAGGGCAUCGCGCCCGAGGUCGCCAUGAUCGAGGCCGUCAUGGAGAAGUACUGAUGAUGUACCCGAGCGACUGAUGGACAACGACUGGAUAUUGUGUUAGACUUAGUGAAGCAACAAGAAAAUUAUAAAAAAUAAAUGCGUUAAGUAAAACUGUUA